AGGAGGAGGAGGAGGAGGAGGAGAACGAGCGGGAGGAGGUGGCUGAAGCUGCCGAUCCUGGUCCUGGGCCGAGCCAAACACCUGGGACCAAGAGUUGCAGGAGGCCGAGGCCAUGGAGCACAUCACGUUGCCUAAGGUUGAAAAUGUCCUAUUACUGAAUCGUUAUGUAAACAAGAAGCCAGCUAUUGGGACUUUCUACCUUACUGCAACCCAUCUGAUAUAUGUAGAUGCUUCUGCUGAGGUCCGGAAGGAAAUUUGGAUUCUGCACCACCACAUUGCCACUGUGGAGAAGUUAGCCCUUACCAACAUGGGCUACCCUCUGCUCUUGCACUGCAAAAAUUUUCGGAUAGCUAACUUUGUCUUUGGGUCUGAAUGGGAAUGUCAGGAAGUCCAUGCUUCACUACUCAAGCUCUCCCAGCCAGUGAGUCCAGAAGAGCUUUAUGCAUUUGCUUAUAACCCCAAAUCUUCGAAAGAUGACAGAGAAAUUGGAUGGAAAAUGAUUGACUUAAAGUCAGACUACAAGCGCAUGGGAAUCCCCAAUGAGUACUGGGAAAUAACAGAUGCAAACAAAAACUUUGAGGUCUGCAGCACAUACCCUCCUGAAAUAGUCAUCCCCAAAGCAGCUAGCAGGGCCAUAGUGGUGGGAUGUGCCAAGUUCCGGAGCAGAGGACGGAUUCCUGUGCUUUCCUAUUUCCAUAAAGAGAACAAUGCUGCCAUAUGCCGCUGUAGCCAGCCCCUCUCUGGAUUCGGGUCCCGCUGCCUGGAGGAUGAACAGAUGUUACAGGCCAUUAGCCAAGCCAACCCUGGAAGCCCAUUCAUUUAUGUGGUGGACACGAGGCCAAAGUUGAAUGCCAUUGCUAACCGGGCAGCUGGCAAGGGGUAUGAAAAUGAAGAUAAUUACGCCAAUAUUCGAUUCAGGUUCAUUGGUAUUGAAAACAUCCAUGUGAUGCGGAGCAGCCUGCAGAAACUCCUGGAAGUCUGUGAAAUGAAAGUUCCAUCGAUGAGUGACUUCCUUGCUGGCCUGGAGAACUCUGGGUGGCUGAGACAUAUUAAAGCUAUUAUGGAUGCUGGAAUCUUCCUCGUAAAGGCGGUGAAAAUCGAAAACGCCAGUGUCUUGGUCCAUUGCUCAGAUGGCUGGGACCGCACAGCCCAAGUGUGCUCUCUAGCUAGCAUCCUUCUCGACCCAUUUUAUAGGACAUUUGAAGGGCUAAUGGUUCUCAUAGAAAGGGAAUGGAUCUCUAUGGGCCACAAGUUUUCACAAAGAUGUGGUCACCUGGAUGGGGACCCCAAAGAAGUAUCUCCUGUCUUCACCCAAUUUUUGGAGUGUAUCUGGCAACUGAUGGAGCAAUUUCCCUGUGCUUUUGAGUUUAAUGAGAAUUUCUUACUGGAGAUCCAUGAUCACGUUUUCUCCUGCCAAUUUGGGAACUUCCUAGGAACCUGCCACAAAGAGCGGGAGGAAUUGAAAAUCUUUGAGAGAACCCAUUCCUUGUGGCCUUUCCUGUUACAGAAGAAGACAGAGUUUAGGAAUCCACUCUACAAGGGUCCCACUGCUUAUGGGGUACUUCAUCCUAACACUUUGCCAUUCAGCUUCCAGUUCUGGUGUGGGAUGUACCAUCGUUUUGACAGAGGGAUGCACCCCAAGCAGAGCAUGCUGGACCAUCUCCUCUGUCUGCAAAAUCGGCAAGUGAAGAUGGAAGAGGAUAUGACACACUUAGAGACUAAGCUACCAAGCCUCGAUGUUCUCUCCCUGGAAGAUACUUGUGUCCAGCCUCAGACUCAAAGUGCCUUGAGCAAACCUCUGAAAACUCCACUCCCUGACACUCCGCAAAGCCAGGACUGGCCGUCACCUGUUGUACUCCCCAAUGGCAGACUAACUGGGGAAGGAGACUCACGACCUGAUCUGACCCCAAAGCAAAAACAGUCUGUGUUCACAUCAGACCAGCCACCAAGCUCCGAGAAUAGAGGCCAGCAUCGAGAAGUAAAGCAUCAGUGACCCACAUCUGGGGUUCCUUGAAGCAUAUAGGACAAUAUAGUAAAACCUCCAACCUCCCUGAUUCAUCUGGUCAAGUAGACAGACUAACUCAUCUUUGUCCCAGGGAGAAGGGACCUCUGCCUGAGGUCACUGACUUCACUAUUGAUGGGCAGAAUGUUCCUCUUAAGGGCCUCUAUCGAGUGCAGAAAAGGAAUCUCUUGCCAUUUUCCCCUGCAGAGUACUUGACCAAUGUGUUCAUGACCAGCUAUAUAUGACAUAGAUGAGGAAGAAAACAUGCCACGUUCUAAAAUGAGACUUUAAGUUAGAAAUUCAUCUUUGUGCCCAAGCCCUAAACUAUUUCUACUGCCUAUUUUUGAUCUCCUUCCUUUUCUAUCCUCACUCUUAGAAUAGAUGGCAUCAUUGGCGAUGAAUACAAUAGAUCGAUACAGUAAAUUCAUGCUAAUUUUUUUUAAAUGGAGAGGUCCGAACUUUAGAAUAUUUUGUAAGAAAAUAUCCCUUUGAAAGACACAUAGGAAUGCACAAGAACUCAUAUUUCCCCAAGCACUUGCCUAAUGAAUGGAAGGGACUCAGAGGUAAUAAUUCUUAAAUACAUUUUAGCAUGAAUGGAUACAGGUGGGUUUUAGAGACACCAGGAAACACCUGGAAAAAGAUCUUAGUCCCCCAAAUCCUUUAUGUCAUGAAUUUGCUUAGCAGCUCCUUUUCUCCAGAAUAGUGCAGAAUAGUUUCAUUUUGGUGACAGAAAUCUGAAAAAGCUAAGGGAUCUCAAAAGACAUCUAGUCCACCUUGACCAGGAAUGCCCUCUCCAUCAUCACUAGAGAGUUAAUCUAGCCUCUUCUUGAGGACUUCUAAUCUUUAAAGGAUGGGAGCUCAAUGCCUGUCGUGGAAACUCAUCUCAUUUUUGCACUUAUAUCAAGCCCUUAUUACUGCUCCCUUAUUACUGAUCUCUGUUACUUAUCCUAAUUCAGUUCUCUGGGGCCAAGAAGAGCAAGACCAAUCUCUUCCAGUGAAGCUCCACCAAUAUAGGAAGUCUGUAAUAACUUCCCAUCCUCCAGCUCCCCAGUUUUCUCUUCUCCUUAAUGAAGAUCCCUAUCCUUUCUUUAAAGGGUCUCUAUUCAGGUCACCGUGUUCUAGAGACAUUCUGGGAGCUCAUAAAUAUCUAAGCCAAACUAAAUAAUCCUCAAUUCCAAAUUAGUGAAGUCAGGAUUAUUGAAGUUUUCCUUCAAUCUCCAUGACAUUUGGGGGGUGCAAUUGAAAAUAUCGUUGCUUUUGGAAAGAGGCUCCCCCAUCUAAGAUCCUAAAUAUAUGAUCCCAUCAGUGGAAAGAUUCAAUCCUAUGCUCCUUUUCCCUUUUGGAUCCUAUCCCGUAUUUUCCAUGUCUAAAGACUUUCCAGAAAGUCUAACUAUGACAAAAAUGCCUGCUUGUUUUUUAUAUACCUGUUUUUCCCUUGAAGACAAGUAAAGAAUCAAAAUUGUCUGGAUUUUUGGAUACGUGUGAAGAAGAAACUCAUCCUUUUUUGGAAAUUUGCUGCCUUUAGAAACAUCCCCAGUCCUGUAGCAUGCCUAAUGCUUCUGUGAAAGAGCUAGGCUAUGACCCAGGUCCUGGGUUCAAAUUCUGCCUCAGACACUUCCCAGCUUCCCCCCUCCCAUUGCCUUUCCCCUUUGCCUUGAAACAAAUACAUCUUAUUGAUUCUAAGAUGCAAGGUAAGGUUUUUAAAAACAAAAAAAAAACCUGCCAGAUGCAAGUAAAAUGUCUCACAAAAUCAAAUCUUCUAAUUCCCCCUAUCUCCCUGCCCCCUUCAUUCUUUUCAGCAUUUGUUUAGCAAGAAAAUGCCAGUCACUUGUAGGUCUUAAUAGGGAGGGUAACCAGGGUGGGUCCUUGAUUUUUUUCUUGACUCUUUUAUGUUAGUGUUGACAACGUUCUUUUAAGAAGGAGACCCUAUGGAGUAACUGUGGGUCCACCAAGCCUUGUAAUCAAUCUGUGAGAAAGGAAGAUUUGUGACUCAAGGAUGUACUCAGUAGGAAUUACCCAUGAUCACUCACUCCCUGGAAAUUUUCUUUUAGUUUUUAAGUUUGUUUUUAUGGAUACUUUUGGCUUUUCUAUCAUAUUUAUUUCUGAAUAUAUUCCUUCCACUUCCUGUAUCCAAGAAGCCAUCCCUUGUAACAAAGAUUUUUUAAAAACUGUAUCUUCCAUCAGAAUUGAUUCCAAGUAUUGGUUCCAAGGCAGAAGGGUUGGGUAAUUGGGGUCAAGUGGCUUGCCCAGGGCCACAUAGCCAGAAGUGUCUCAGGCCAAAUUUGAAAAGACUUUAAGAGAAAAGGCAGUCCAGUAAAAUUAACCAGUGCCUCAACUGUGUUUGACAAUAUAUGUGACAUUCUCCAUCCAAAGUCUUCCACUUCUUCAAUUAAGAGAAGCACAUGCCUUCAAGGCAAAGUCUGAUCAUUAUACAGUGCUCCGUUCCUAUUUUUUGUUCUGUCCGUAUAUAUAUAUUGGUCACUUACGGAGAAUUCGAUGACUUAGUGGUCUAUUAAUUCACCUCUUCCUCCUUCCUUUCCCCUUAAAUCUUUAACCCUUCUUCGUCUUUUUUCCCCUUGAUGAUCCUUUUUGGUUUAAUUUUACAAUUCAUUUUUUUCUUCUAAGUAUAGGUUCUAACGGUCUGAGAAUUAUUUGUUAGUGUUGUCUUGAUAAAUGUACUAUGUAUUUACCCUAUAGUUCUGUUGUUGGAAGUUUUGCAAGUCAAAUAAUCAGCUCUCUUUUGUUUAUCAAGAAUGCCCCCAAUGCCUUUUUUGUUGAAUCUUUUUUCAUUGAUAAUUAAGCUUAAAUUUUCAAGAUGCCUUAUUUUGGGGUUGCAGCUUAUGCUCCCUUUGCUCUAUUAUUGUUCCUCUCUGCUGUGAUUUCUCAGAAAUGUGGAGUCAUUGCUAUUUGAAUUGACAUUCCUGUGUAUUUCUCUCUCUCUCCCUCCCUCUCUCUCUCUCUCUCUCUCUCUCUCUCUCUCUCUCUCUCUCUCUCCUUUCUCUCCCUCCAAAACAAAUACCAAUAUUGACUGUUGAAUUCAUACCUCUAUUUUAUCGCCUCUUUGUCAGGCUGUAUAGUCACAUACAUCAUUGUAUAUGGCUCCUCUGGAAUCCUGGUUAGUCAUUGUAUUGUCUAUUUCCUGGUUGCUCAUAAAGUGUAUUUGUUUAUUGAAAUGGUGAAAUUUAGCCAUUGUAUGUGAAGGCUGAAGCAUGUUCCCCUUCCCUCCACAAAAAAAAUAUGUGGAUAUGAUCAAUGGGUGUGCUUUGUUGUCUCCAUUCAGAAGUUAUAGAUGAUUCUUGUAUUGUUUCCUGCAAUAUUUUAGUCAGGUUUUAAAUUUUCUUAUAUUUGUUAUCUCUGCAAAUCCUGUCAGUUGCUUUGACUUGCAUAGAAUUUGUGUGUUCUCCUAAGGUUGUUGACUUUGGCUGAUCUUCUACCAGAUUUUCUUCUACUUCCUUUUGUAUUAUAAACAAUUACUCUUUCACACAGAACCCUAACUAUUUUGGAGAGACUCUCAGGCACAUAUUCCUUUUUUCUUACUUCUGCUCUUUGGGUUUUAAUUCUGCUUUGUAUCUCUGCCUUCCAACCUAGUUUCAUUCCUAAUUUUGUCUUUUAAAUGUUUUGUUUCUCUUUUGAA